AUCUUGUACAUACCCUGCUGUUUCUUGUGCAAAGGGAGAUAAGCUGGCAGUGAAGGAGAUGGUUUCCUUCUAAAGCCCGUCAGCGUGACAACCGAGCGGAUGCUGGGUCUAGAGUCUGGUCCAGCGCUUCCUUGCAUUAGAUACCCGCAGUGACGAAUAAUGAAUUUUUAGGGGCUUAAAACCUUUUGGCUUUGUAAGGAUAGUGUCAGUGUCAGUUUUUACAGAUGCCCGUUAACUUCAAAAGGGUAACGGAAUAUUAUGGAAGAUUUAGGUCUAAGAAAUAUUUCGGAUAAUGCAGCUAAGAAUGGUACUGGUAUUAUUGUUAGAGACGAAGUGAAAAUAGAGACGGUCAUUAUCAUCCUGUGGGUGGCAGGAGGGGUCCUGUUAAUGACCCUCCUAAUUCUGCUGGUCUGCAUUCUCAGAAACAACAAGAAAACUGGAGCACAGUGUGCAAAUGGGUCACGUGUUUUGCGGAUUGACCCCAGACGCGCCAAUCCUCGAGAUGGUCGCUUAAAUCAGGGAUACUCCAAUUACGACGAAAUUUGGACAUGGAUCCCCAUUAUACGCGGAAAUGAGGGUGAAUGUCCUCGAUCCUCCGUGUACGCCACCCCCACCAGCAAUGACCUUCAACCUCCACCCUACAACGAAGUCGUGGGGAAUACUGAUACUCUUCCAGCGGCAGCUAAUGCGCAGACGACAACGAGGACCCCAGAGAUGACACCAAUACGUCCAGGAAACCCGGUUAGUAAUUUAUUUUCUGCAACAAAUAGGUCCCCAGAACUAGUGACCUCUACUGCUUCUUCAGAAGUGGUGGUUACUCAGACUAGUGAACAAAUUUCCCAGAAUCCACGCGUUUUGGCUGUGCAUAAUUCAGACUCUGUACCAAGACACUCACCAAGUGCAGCUUCUACGAACAUUGUUGAGAAUGUAAGUCAAUCUAGUCAAAGAUUGCCGUCUGACAGUAAUCUGUCAGACAAUUACAUUGACAGAAAUUGUGUAUCACGACAGAAUAUCAGAACAAGAAAUUAUGAUUACCCUUAUUUGGCACGUGCAAGAGAUCGGACUGAAAGCACGGCCAAUAGUGUUCCUACUGCGACAGAAAAUCAAGAUCAUUAUCAAGAUGUAAUUUAUCAUCCUGAGCAAGGACUUUAUUCUUUUGUGAGGAACGAAGGGGGUAGAAGGGCAUGGUGUGACAUCCCACCCAGUCUCUUAAACGAGGACGGACCCCCGCCUUACACCCCCGCGCCCGACUACCCGGGCAGGCAUCACAAUACCCGUAGAACUUCGUACAGACAAGCAGUGAACGACAUACCACCACGAUAUACCAGGCGAAGUCAAAGGCUUACAGAUGUCACACGAGAAAUCCCACCCGAUUACCCGGUGUCUAAUAGAGAAACAAUAAAUAAUCGAAUCGAACACGCCCAUGGAAAUAUUUCCGCCCCUAUCGUGAGGUGUGACUAUGAAUACUUUUAACUGCAAAAACCACCAAGUAAAAUGCAAAGGAUGUGCCAAACUUCAUCCAUCAGUCAUCAAAAGACAUUAACAGUCCACCAUGCACGAAAUUUAGUCCAAAGUGAACUGCUUCUAUAUUUAGUGCUGAAAGCGCGCUGUGUUCGAUUAGAUUUUCCAGGUCUAAUCAUUAUGGCCAAAUAAUGGCUCAAAGACAAACACUGCCUGACAGUUUGUGAUUUACUUCUAGUCAGUAUUAUGUACAUAGGCUAAUUCUUAGCAGUAUUUAUUUAUACGUGAUGAUUUUUAUAUAUAGUUUAUAUACAUUACAUUAUUUAUCGAUGUGUGACCUUGUUUCAUUGAAGCUUGCCAAAGACAGAGAGUCCAAGACACAAAUUGUACACCGCGAUUUUUUUUUGUUUUGUGCGUAAAGCAAAAUUCAUUGUUUUCAUUAAGAAUUUUCUUUCAGGUAUUUAUUUAUCAUAUUCUAUUAACUGCACUUUCUUCAAGUAUAUUACAUCCGAACUUAGCAAAAAAUACCGGUAAAUGUGUUUGAUUUUGUAGAAAUCAACUCUUUUGAGAUAUUAUAUACAGUAUGUCUGGGCUUAGUGUAGCUGAGUGCAAAAAAGUAAGAAAGUUUAGUAUUUUUGUAUGAUGUAAAUGUAAGCUGCUAUUGAGAAUUGAGGAUAAUGUAUGUGUUCAAAAGACAAGCAUGUUAAAGAAAAUCAAAGUCGGCAUGUGAAUAAAAAUCUCUGGUCUUCCAUAUGUGUGAAUAUAACAAUUAAACUUAAUGUUAAAUGU